AUGAGAAUUUGACAGGGAUACCUUUGAUUUUUGUCCGCUGUUCAUUAAGGUCAAUAACAAUGACAGGCGGAAGUAACUUAGUGGUGCCGAUUGUGUUAUGGGGAAGGAAUGCCCCAACACACUGUAUUUCCACCUUACUGAUGACACCAGAUCAGAGAAACAUUAUCACUGGCUGCAACGAUGGACAAAUCGCUAUUUGGGAUGUCACAAAGACCUGGGAGAUCUACCCUCGUAGUAUGUUGUUUGGACAUACUUCUGCAAUCAGCUGUCUGGCUCUUGGCAGUUCUCGUCCAAACCUACCUUAUAUCGUUAGUGCUUCAGAGAACGGAGAGAUGUGCCUGUGGGACAUUACCGAUGGCAGGUGUAUAGAGUGUACAAAGAUGUCAUUCAUCCACUCUAAUAUGCAGGCUUAUCAGUUCAGAAAGGACGUUCGGCUAGUAUGUAAUGGCUACUAUCCAGAGAUUUUGAUUAUCGACCCUUUAACAUUUGAAAAAAUCUACUCACUGUCUUCCAAAGUUGCUCCCGACUGGAUCAGUGCCUGCUGUGUUCUCCGACCAGUGAAACGACAAGAUGAUGUCAUCGUGGCCAUAUCUAAUUCUGGAGCAGUCAAGGUCUGGAGUCUGAUGGGGACAGAGAAUAGAGCACAGCCUGUAUACGAGGAUGAAUCCAAACAGAUAAAAUGUCUGAAUGCCCAGACUCUUGCUUGCUGUCCAUUCAACCAGAGAACCGUUCUUAUCGUCUGCUCCAAAUAUUGGCAGAUCUAUGAUGCAGGAGACUUCACCAACCUGUGUUCCGAGUCCAACAGGUGUGGGGAGAGGUGGUCAGGUGGAGACUUUGUUAGUGUUGAUAAAGUCAUCGUGUGGAGUAAUGAGGGCAAAGGUUACCUGUACAAAUUACCUACCAAUGCCACACCUGACAGCCCUGACUACCACCGACAGAGUCACCAGCCGUCAUCACCACAUGCAUACUACAUACUCGACAUGUACUCGGAACUGUCUAUGGCCUGUUCUCCGGCUAUGACCUUUCACCAAGGUCAAGAGGAGAAUCCUACCCAACUUUUGAUCCGUGGAGACUCCGAAGGUCAGCUGGUUGCUUGGACGCUGCCUACUGUGACAGAACGACAGAUGACCUUGGUCAGACAAGAAAGUUUUGACCGCCUUCCAGCUUUGCCUCCACGAUGCAGCACAACUCUACAGGAAGUAUGGGACAGCCUCUAUCAGCCUCCUUCUGGUAUCAUUGACGGAUUGUGUGACGAGGAAGGGAGACCACUCCAUAUCACGUCCACUAUCUACAUCCCAUCUCAAGGCAAGGUAGCGUGUGGCAGGGAGGAUGGGAGCAUAGUUAUUGCACCUGCUACCCAAAGUAUAAUUACCCAACUGCUUGACUUCAAGAUCGACAAAGAUGACAUUCCCACCCGUAUAUUGAGAGGACAUGAUGGUCGAGUGACAUGUCUGUUAUACCCAUUUAAUGACAGUUCACGAUACGAGCCGAGUCACCUCCUGUCAGGUGGAGCUGAUUUUUCUGUUAUGCUGUGGGACAUGUACAAUGGGUUGAAGCUUCAUACAUUUACAGUGCAUGGAGGGGAGAUAACUCAGCUCAUUGUUCCGCCCUGCUCCUGCAAUACAAGAAUUUUGUCAUCCGUUUGCUCAGUGGCAAGUGAUCAUUCAGUAACUCUCUUGAGUCUGAAGGAGAGAAAAUGUAUUAUGCUCGCUGGUCGUCACCUAUUUCCCGUACAGACCAUAAAGUGGCGCCCUCUUGAUGACUUCAUGGUUGUGAGCUGUUCUGAUGGCACAGUGUACGUCUGGCAGAUGGAAACAGGGCACCUAGACAGGGUGGUACAUGGCAUUACAGCAGAAGAAAUUCUAAAUAAUUGUGAUGAAAAUGCCGCCCCUACAGAUCAGCUCAUCAAUCCCAAUCUAACGCUAGCCCAGGCCAUCAAACGUCGUAAUCUCUUGACUUUCAAAAACCUGGCCCAACAGAAACUGCAACAACAGAUGGUUCAGCAACAACAGGCACAAGGGGCUCGCUGUGACCUAGUCAAACCGCAAUCCUACCCGAUGUACAUACAGGGCGUGAGGACCAAUACCCGUAAUCCUGAUGCCCACAUCAUCUUCUUUGAUACAGAGUCUCUGAUUGUCCAGCUGCUUACUGACGAAUAUGCCCUGAUGUCGCCAGGAGAGCUUGAGGCAAAGGGCUUUUUCUUACCGGGACCAACAGAUGCCCCUAGUGGGGACAUAAACGAGGCCCAGGCCAAGAUAGCAGGUAUGAUGGCGAAGAUUAAAGAGAAAGCCGACAGCGUGGGACAAAAGAUUCAAGCCAGAGUGGACUCUUCUGGAAUGAGCGCCUCUCCUUCAGGAAGUGCGCGGGAGUCACCAAGUCUCGGGCGAAGAGGCUCGCCAAAAAUCAACAUUUCUGGACAAGCUGACACGAACCUGACGAUGGAGAUUGCGCAGUUAUUCAUGUCCUGUCUCCAUGCCUGGGGUCUUGACCCUGACUUGGACAAGUUGUGUGUUAACAAGUUAGGGUUGUUAAAACCUCGGUGUCCUAUAUCAUUUGGACUGAUAUCUCGCAGCGGCCAUAUGUCCCUCAUGUUACCGGGUUGGCAUAAAAAGGUUUGUCAUGAGGAAAUGGGCGUGCCUGAACCACAAAAAUCAGUCAUGCCUGGCAGAGGAAGAGGAAAGGUGACUUUGAAACAGCAGGCAAGGUCGGCGACUUACAGUGAAAUAGAGCGUAACAGGUUGAGUGGUGAUUACACAACCGACAGUGAUAUAGAAAACGAGCAUGGUCCGUUGACCAAGCGUCCAUCAGAUGGCGCUGUGUUAGGGAAGGAGAGUUUCCAACAGCAGGAGAUGAAGAUCUUUUCUAGCAAGGCUCGAUGGCAGAUUUCCAGUGGAGUAACCACACAGCAUCUCCUCAGUGUUAUAUCUACAGCUAACACACUAAUGAGCAUGAGUCACGCAACAUUUGCUACGAAGCGCAUCAUCAAAAAACAUCUUAAAGGAACCAAGAUUGGGGUUCAUAAAGGGUUAUUAGUGGCUGAGGACAACAGUUCAGAAGGUGGUAGUGAGGAUGAGUCAGAUAUGGCCAUGAUGCAACAAUCACAGAUAAAACAGGGAUGGAGUCUUCUCGCUGCACUCCACUGUGUUCUACUCCCGGAAAUGGUUGGCUCCUCCAGUAUCCAGCCUCCUCAACUGGAGAUGUUAGCACGGCGCUGGCAGGACAGGUGUCUGGAGAUUCGGGAAGCAGCUCAAGCACUGUUGCUAGCUGAGCUUCGUAGGAUUGGACCAGAAGGAAGGAAAGAGGUGGUGGACAUUUGGUCUCCUUACCUCCCUACUUAUGUGGAUCAGAAUGUCAGUCUAAUGGCCAGUGAUGGCUCGCGAGCCGAAGAUGAAGACGAGGAUUAUGAUGAUGAGGAUCCAAUGGUUACAGGUGACUACCCAGUCAACAAGACAUCAACCUCAUUUGAGAGUCGUCGUAAGCAGGCAACAGCUAUUGUCAUGUUAGGUGUGGUCGGAGCUGAAUUCGGACACGAGAUGGAACCAUCACGACGUAAAAACGAGGAUAUUAAGAAAUCCAGAAAAGUAUCGUCAGCAAUCAACCAGGACGGCUUCACUCUGACAAACUACUCCCUAUCCAGACAUACCAGUAAAGCACUGAUGUAUUUACUACAGCAGCCCCCGAGCCGGCGCCUGCCUGCUCACACACCCAUCAGACGUGCGUCAGUGGAUCUCCUGGGACGUGGUUUUACUGUGUGGGAGCCCUAUCUGGACGUAUCUGCUGUAUUAAUGGGUCUACUGGAGCUGUGCUCAGAUGCUGAAAGACUAGUACCACACAGUAUGACAUAUGGUUUACCUUUGACCCCGGCUGCCGAUGCCUGUAGAAGUGCACGCCACGCCCUCUCUCUCAUAGCCACAGCGAGGCCGCCAGCUUUCAUUAUCACUAUAGCUAAGGAAGUGGCACGCUACAACGCUCUGGCACAAACAGCUCAGUCUCAGCAUUCCAACAUCCACAAUAAUGUCCUUGUGAAGAGUAAACAAGAGAUACUGCGUGUGGUGGAACUCCUGGUGGAGAAAAUGCCAAACGAUGUCGCUGAUCACCUGGUGGAGGUGAUGGAUGUCACAAUGCACUGUCUUGAUCCCAGUCAGCUCAAGUCAAAAGGAUUGAUGGAUCUGUUCCCUGCCAUUUGUCGGUUCAGCAUGGUCACUGUGUGUCCAGUCACGAAGAGGAUCUGGGUCGGAGCAAAAAAUGGUGGCUUGGCUUUCUAUGAUCUCAAACAACAUUCAAAAUGUCAGAUGACCACUGCCCACUCGGGCCCAGUGGUAGCCACAUGUGUGUCUCCAGAAGGAAAAUACCUGGCUACCUACUCCCAUAUUGACAACAGACUCAAGUUCUGGCAGACGGCAUCCUCGUCUUUAUUUGGGAUUGGGUCUCAGCAGACAAAAUGCGUAAAAUCAGCACCAACUCCUCCUUGUCCAGUGACUAAUCUAACAAAUCUAUUAAAAUUGGUUCGGCUUGUGUGGGUGGAUGCUAGAACAGUGAUUAUGUUGACUGUGGAUGGAAGUGAGCAAAGAUACAGUAUCUAAAGAUAAGUCAGGACAGAAUUUCAAAAUGGGAUUUUACAUCUUAUACUGGUCAAAUCUAGGUCAGUGUAAAAUGGAACCUUUGGACAAUGUUAUGAUGUUGUCCUUCAAUAUCAAGAAGACAGGAACCACUUUUACGGUUGUGAGACUGAAGGGCUUUCAUUACUGGUAGUGAAGUGUGAAAAAUGUUGUUGGGAAUGAAGGGCUUCCAUUACCGGUAAUGUUGUUGGGAAUGAAGAGCUACCAUUACCGGUAAUGUUGUUGGGAAUGAAGAGCUUCCAUUACCGGUAAUGUUGUUGGGAAUGAAGAGCUACCAUUACCGGUAAUGUUGUUGGGAAUGAAGAGCUACCAUUACCGGUAAUGUUGUUGGGAAUGAAGAGCUACCAUUACCGGUAAUGUUGUUGGGAAUGAAGAGCUUCCAUUACCGGUAAUGUUGUUGGGAAUGAAGAGCUACCAUUACCGGUAAUGUUGUUGGGAAUGAAGAGCUACCAUUACCGGUAAUGUUGUUGGGAAUGAAGAGCUUCCAUUACCGGUAAUGUUGUUGGGAAUGAAGAGCUUCCAUUACCGGUAAUGUUGUUGGGAAUGAAGAGCUACCAUUACCGGUAAUGUUGUUGGGAAUGAAGAGCUACCAUUACCGGUAAUGUUGUUGGGAAUGAAGAGCUACCAUUACCGGUAAUGUUGUUGGAAAUGAAGAGCUACCAUUACCGGUAAUGUUGUUGGGAAUGAAGGGCUUCCAUUACCGGUAAUGUUGUUGGGAAUGAAGAGCUACCAUUACCGGUAAUGUUGUUGGGAAUGAAGAGCUACCAUUACCGGUAAUGUUUUGGAACUAUCAUUACAGAUAAAUGUGUCGAGGCUGAAGGACUACCGUUACAGAUAUAAGUGUCGAGGCUGAAGGACUACUGUUACUGAUAUUAAUAGGUCAGGAGGGCAUUAUGGGUAUGAAGUACGAUGUAAAAAUUUUGAUCCAGAAUUUAUGUAAAUUCUGAUUCAAAUAGAAAAGAUCUAUUUUGUGAUUCCUUGUAAAAGGGUCUAUUCCAUAGUGAUAUAUAUGUCUGUUGUAAAUAUAUAGCAAUCUAAAUGUAUUGCUUUGUUAGAUAUAUUUGAGCUAUUUAAUGGCUAUUUCUGUGAUCCGAACAUUCUCUUUGUGGAUGAGAGUGUGUGCUUGUUUGUUACAUUUUGACAUAUUAUUUAUUGUAAAAAAGAAAUUGUUAUCAACUCAACCUCAUCCUUGAUGAAAACUAGUAUUAGUGAUCAAUUUUUCUUUCAUCAAAAUAAAUGGACUACUUUUUCAAAAAUUUGGACAGAUUUCAAACUUUCUUAAAGAAUCAGACAUGGGCAAGGUCCUUUGGCCUUGUUUUUAAUUAUAUGCUUAAACUUUACCACAGGUUGACUUUUGAUAUCCAAAUGUAUUGUUAAUGUAUCAUGUGAAAAUGAUGUUUAUUUUCAAAUUUGUUGUUUAAACUUUGUUUACUAGAAAGUAUAAUUAUUAUUUCAGUGGCAUUACACCUUUAUGUCUGUGAUUUUUUCGGAGUUAUCUCCCUUAAAAUUGUUGAUAAGAUUUAAGUUAUCUACAUAAGAUAAAGUAUUGGGGAAAAAAGCCUUAACACUGGUAUUUGUCAAGAAAGUAACACAUGUAAUAGAUAUUUUUAAAAAAAGGUCACACAUAUGGUUUGACCUUUCACCCUUGUUUUAGCGGGUCAUGACCUGAUGUUUCACUCUUCAGAGGUCAGCAGUACUGGUAUUCUGGUGUGUUUUAUCAUCUUUUAAUCCAAUACAACAAUUGUCUAGUCUCUUUUGGUAAAUAUAAAUAAACCAAACUAUUAGGGAAUGACACACUACACUAGUAACAGAUAUCUGACUGCACACAUGGUGUAUAGAAUGGUCUUGUUUGAUUAGUCAGAAAUGACCGACAUUGAUGUCCAAGGAAGAAAUCUUUGAGACAGUGUUAAUAGACAAGUGGACUUUAUACACAUUUUAGAUAAGUGGUUUGGACAUAAGAUAUGGUCUGUUUAGGGAGAUGGUCUAAUAGAAACCAGACACAAAGCCAGGCAGUUUUGAUGUGUACACAAACUAGAAUGAGCAGGGAUGCAGUGAGCUGGAGCUCCCUGCUCUCCAUUUAGGAGUAAAGAAUUAAUAGAAGGUUGGAAUACAAUGCACCCACCCAAUAGCUAAGGAGAACUAAAUACACUUUGGCAAUAAUUAGACAAAUAAUUUGCUCUUGAUUUGUAAACAGCUGCACUUUUGUAUAAGUGUACUUGAUUGACAAGUAUUGUGAAUCACUUCUUUUGAGAGGGAUUAAAUGAAAAGAAAUAUGAUCUCAUCAAGUGUGUAUACAGUUUCGACGUCCUAGUUACUGUCCCUAAAGAUGACCUCAUCGGGUGUGUAUACUACAAACACCCCAGUCAGAUACCCUACUCACUGAUAUUCAUCAGGUGUAUAUUAUAAACGUACUUACAAUGGUUAUUUAGCACCAUCAAAUUUUAGCAACAUCAAAUUUCAGCAACAUCAAAUUUCAGCACAGUCAAAUUUUAGCACUGUCAAAUUUCAGCACCAUCAAAUAUUAGAACCAUCAAAUCUUAGCACCAUCAAAUUUCAGCACAUUAUUGUUUCUGACAAAUAUCGCAGACAAAACACUAUGAUCAUAAUAAAACAGUCACAUUUUUGCACAACAUUUUCCGUGGAAAAUGCACUAGAAUAGGGUUCACAUGAAAAUAUGUACAUUUACAAUGUUUGUUUUCUGUACAUUUCACUUUACCUAGCUAUACAUCCACAUGAAAUCCAGCUUAAUGUACGCCAGUGUUUCUUUUGUGUGAUAGCAGAAGACCAACAAUAAAUGCUAACUGACAAAAUAUGUUUAAUGUUGAUAUUUAUAGUCAUCUUGAUUUUUAAUAGUUUACUGAAAGUAUUACCAUUUAAACUCAAUUUUACAUCUUAUCACAUUCUUUUUAUCUUGCCAUUUAAGAGACGCAUCAAAACUUAAAAGUUUUUAGAGUAAGUAAUAAGAAGUACUAUGAGUUCAUAUAUAACAUUCCACACCACUUAAACUUGUAUAUACAUUCUUUAGAGGUCAAAUAUCGCUGUAAUUUCAAUUUAGUCAUAUUUUUUCAAAAUUCAUCAGGGUUUUGAGGUAAGUUUUUGAAAGGCUUCUAGCUCCAUUCAUAUACUUCCACAGUCCUCCUAUUUCAUAUGAACAAUAACAAACAAUGGCUGCUGCCACUGAGACUGUAGCAAUCAUUGAUUGAUUUUGUUGAAAUAGACAUCUGUCUUUCAUUGUAGAUAUCACAUAAUGAAACUGAUUUUUCAUUAGAUAACUGUUUUGUCAUUUAUCUCAGUAGGUAUACAUUGUAUAAGAUAUUUAAUUUGUUCAUUGAGAGUAGAUAAUUUGUCUUCAAAUUUGUUUUACAUUUCUUAGAAUUUCACACAUUUCCAUAAAAACUAAAGAAAAAUUGGGUUUGAUGUAUGCUUUGUCUUUCAUAACAUUUGAAGAAAUUUUCACUCAAUUUUUUAAAGGUAGUUAUUAAACAUUUUGAAAGGUAAAUGAAAAAUCUCAAAUGAAACCAAAUACCUAUACCGUAUAUAUGAUGAGCCAUUUUAUAUUCUGUAAAUAUUCAGUGAAUGUUUGCCAUACAUGAUAGUAGUGGAUUGGGAAUCUUAAAAACAUGUCAUUUGGCUAACAUCUGAUGUGUAAAGAUUGGUUUUCGGUUGGUUUCAUAUCCGGGAUAAAUUUGAAAAGAGCUAUUCGUGUUUGAUAAUAGUGAAACAGCAAAAUUGAUUUUCACUGGUUAAAUAUUGGCUUGAAUGUAUUAAGUGGUGGGUGAUUUCACUUCCUGUUUCAGUCAAUAUUAAUGGAUUCAAGCAGUGUGCAAUAUCAUGUACAUAUAUAUAUAUAGAUAGUUUGUAUCGAGUCUAGUCUACAAUAUACUAUUUACUUGUAUUAAACACAUGUAUAUCAUAGCAAAUAAGUAUUUGCUUCAAUAAAUAUUUUUAAAAAA